AUGACAUGUAUGCUCAAGCCCCACGGCACAUGUCUACCAGUCACCGCCCUUCAAUCAGGAAAGGCCGGUCAAAAUGUGAUAUUAUUGGCAGGGCAAGGACCGUAUGUCCAUGCUUACAAUGGAAACGGCCAUCAGAUUCUGUCUGUACGAGUCUUCGUAUCUCAGCCGGUGCAUGGCAUUGUAACCGCCGCUAAUGACAAUUCUGUCCAUCCAUAUGAGCAUCAUCAGACUGACGUCGUCAUCUGGGGAGGGUCUCUGAUGCGGUUUGGCAGGCUUGCAGUAGGAGUGGGUGGCAGAGACCCUUCCGCACCUGAAUUUACCCUCCACCUGGCAAGGGAAUUCGAUUCAGGAGACUGGAUUCUCGACAUUGCCGUUCUCGGCGCAAGCAUCUGGAUACUGACAGCCCACAAUGUAUUAUUCCGACUGCUAUUGCACGAGGGCGAUUCACUAGACUUAUCCCGCUACGAAAAACUCUCCGUUGUGCAAGGGCCGGCCACGUUUUUAUACUCUGCACAACUGGUGGUAGCAAGGCAUGGGGUAUUUAUCGUCGCCUCUGGAACGGUUUUCGGAGAAAUCCUCGUUUGGACUUGUUCCAAGCAAGACCACGACCAAGAAUGGUCCACGCAAUUAAAACAUGUCUUUAAUGGACACACCGGCUCUGUAUUUGGCGUGGCCAUAUCGAAGGAACUUAAUCUGAAUAAUGGCCAUAAGCGCCUCCUGGCGAGCUGUAGCGACGACAGGACCAUAAGGAUCUGGGACAUCAGUGAUUGUGACCAGCUAUUUUCAGACACCAAUACUCCUCUCAUGUCGACUGAAACCGGUUUCGGAAGUGCGACUCAUGCUAAAAUCCCUCAGCUAGCGUCUGCUUGGGGUCAUCUGUCACGCAUAUGGGGGGUUGAAUUUUUAAAAACACCCCAGAAUCAAGGUUGCAAUGGGGUGCACCUAUUAUCGAGAGGAGAGGACGCUGCUUGUCAGUUAUGGUCAAUUGAAACCUCGAAGGAAGUGGGACCGAGCAAACAGACAACGGCACAAAUUACGCCCGUCUCCAAUGACCGUUACCACUCUGGGAAGAAUGCCUGGUCCAUGUCGCAGCUCAGUGAGGACCAUAGUGUCACAGUCUUCACCGGCGGCGCAGACGGGCAGAUCAUAUCAAGGCGAUUCGACACGAUCAGUGCGGCCAUGAACGACUCGGUCACCUAUUCCAUCCCGUUCAAGGAAGUUACCAGUUCGUCUAAUGCACUGAAACAUUACCUGCUGCGCAAUCAGAGUGAAUGCCUCGCCACAACAGAUCAAGGCCAUCUGUUCCUGCUUACCAUCAAAAAUGGGACUCUCAACUGGAAGCGAAUCAGCAAAAGCACUAGCAAGGGUGGUCUUUCAAUUUGCAACUCUGAAGUUGAUGGAGUGACUCUUCUAGCUACCCAGCAAGGCGACUUGUCAGUAUUGCGACAAGGUGACGACGCUCCAAUUUCUAUUCCAAUCUCCCUCGAAUCGGGCGUCUCUUGGAUCCGAUGCGCCUCUAACCAAACUCCAAAUUCCCCAGCCUCGCCGAAUUCAAACUGCAUUGUCGUGGUAUUGUCAAACCAACACGCAGUUAUUCUCUGGUUGACCAAGGAUGGCAGCUCAUUUCGAUUAAAGAAAACAACCCUGAAAUUGCCAGAUACUUUCACCAUCGCAUCGAUUUGUUACGACCGCUCGAACCAAAUCCUAUUUCUCGGCUCCCGUGCUGGUGCACUUGCAAUCUACUCGGACCUCCCGUUCGAGUCGGAAGAUUCUGGAGAGCCAUUCUGUCUCCGCCACAUCCACGGAUCCGACUGUGUUACUUCGAUCAACAUUCUCGGGCAUACCGCAACGACGAGCGACAUCAUGGGAAGAACAUCAUACAUCUUGACAACAGGUCGAGACGGGAACUAUGCAAUCCAUCGUCUCGACUGGGAUCGUCAGUCCACGCAUUAUAUCGAACCGACAUUCUCGACGAUCCACCUUUCCUCCCUUCCGUUUGGUCCAAAUAUCGAAGGAGCCUAUUUCUCCCACCAACCCGAGGGAAAAGACCCACAUUCAACCACUGUUCCAGACCUAGUGCUGUACGGCUUCCGCUCUACUUCCUUCGUGGUAUGGAACGAGACACAGCAAUCAACAAUUCUAUCCGUCAACUGCGGCGGAGCUCAUCGGACUUGGGCCUAUAAAGACUCCGCCGCCUACUCUAGCAGAGAUAGCUCUCUUCACUCAUCACAGCAGAUAAUACCGGAUACAAGAUCUUUCGUCUGGACUAAAGCUGGAAAAUUUAAUUGGUACACUGCUAGGUCGGCCAGCCACAAAGUCAUUCUGAAAGGGGGACACGGUCGCGAAAUCAAGGCCGUGGCACGCAGUCCCGUUCUUUACACACAUACGAACAGCGAAUUCUACAAGCGACCCCGAACUCUCAUAGCCACAGGAGCCGAAGACACGACGAUCCGCCUAUUCGCGCUUUCUGGAACAGAAAGAUUCCCAUCCAAACUUUCUGAUUCCGACCACGAAUCACAAUUAAGCACAACAUUCCAUAGUUUAGCGACACUCAAGCGCCACACGACCGGACUUCAGCACCUCCUCUUCUCCCCUUCGGGAAAGUAUCUCUUCAGCAGUGCCGGCUGCGAAGAAUUCUACGCCUGGAAACUCAGUUUUGAUGUGCCUUGUAUCAGCAUCGGUGUCGUGCUAUGGGACAUGAUUCCACAAGAAGACGAGGACCCAGACUCAGACGCCAGGAUCAUGAGCUUUGAUUUAAGAGCCUACGCAGUCGCGAACCUUGACAUUGCAACACAUCCGAAUAAAAAUGACGUUAUCCAACAAGAGGAAGAGAAAUUUACGCUCGCACUGGCUUACUCGAACGGCAAAACCAAGAUCGUACAAUACACGCCCUCGAUCACGGCGCGGAAUCAAGGCAUGUUCGAAACAUUACGCGAAAUCAACUAUGGGACGUUCUGCGUGAUGCAGGCGUCUUUCCUCUCACCGGAAUCAUCUCUCCUGGGGACUCAGACGCAAAUACUCUCCGCCGGAACGAAUGGGUUUUUGAACCUCAGCGCCAUCAAUCUCAAUCUCAUAACCAAGACCGAGGAGAAAGGGUUGGAGUUGCUGUCGCCAUCGCCAUCGUCAUCGCAACUGGAAGUCCACAAGACCCAUCAAAGCAGUAUCCUAGCCAUGGACAUUGUCCAAUUGAAUUCAGAUUCCUACCUCAUUGCGACCGGCGGUGACGAUAAUGCAUUGGGUCUUACGCUGCUCUCCGCCGAUACUAGCACUAAUGGCACACGCCCACCCAGACACAAUUUUCGAACAAUUCUCAUACCCCACGCACACGCGGCUGCAGUGUCGGCCCUGAAAUUCAUGAGUCCAAAACACACAGCCACAGGGUUCUCCCUCGCCGCUAUAUCCGUGGGCAACGACCAACGCGCCAAGGUAUGGUCUGUACAUAUUGACUUGGAGAAAGCCGCUCACCCCACUGACGAUGUUCUGCUCGAAGCCAUUCAUGUCCAGCGAUCAUGGAGUGGGUGGACAGCUGUCGCGGACGUGAGUGGGCUUGAGAUCAUUGAUGGUAACGAUCAGAAUCAAGCUCUUGCUAACGAUGAUUCCAACGUCAACGAGGAGGCCAAACAAGGCUGUCGGAUUUUAGUUACCGGUGUCGGCAUGGAAGUCUUGAGCCUGCUUGCUAUGGAGUAA